AUGGGGGGGACUAAUCCCCAAGCUGCGUUCACGGCUCCUCCUCAUAAGGGUGCCCCUUCAGCUGCCGGGAAUAGUCGCAAUCAGUUAUAUGCUUUGACCAACUGCCAGGAGAACAUUGUAUCUAAGAUAAUGACUUUCUUAGAGCAAGAACGAUCUGCAGUUUCUAUACUAUCAGGUGUUGGAGUCUUAGGUAAAGUCACCCUCCAGCAAUCUUCAACCACUGGUGGCAUUAUGACACAUGAGGGUAAAUUUGACAUCACCUCGUUAUCGGGGUCAUUUGUGCGGUCAAAAAGUGGCAUAACAGGUUUUCUUAACCUGUCAGUGACUAGUCCAGAUGGUAAUAAUUUCGGUGGUGUCGUUGCAGGAAAGCUCAGGGCUUUCACUCCGAUACAGGUGACUUUGAGAUGCUUCAGUCCGUACGUCGAAAAGCCUGAGUCCAGGGCUCCAUCUUCAACUCCACCUCCCAAUUUGCUAAAUUUCGGUCUUCUAGUUACAAAGGCGGCCUCUAGCUCCCAAGUGCCUCAACCAACAUUCGAGGGCCAAGCAAUGUGUAAUUUAUGA